AUGUUGUUCUAUUUGCAAAGUACAGACCCUAAUGAUUACGGGACAUUAAAAUUACAAACUAACCUUGGUCUUCAGAAUGAACCACUAGCUUUCAGAGUUCUUGAUUUUAGCACUAUCGCUUCAUUUGUUAUAACAGACACUAACGAUUUCAUUACUUUUGAAAUUGAUGGUAUUAGUACUGAAAUUCAUUUUAAAGCAAGAAAUAAAUAUGAUAUUGAUACGUUAGAGAAAAAGAUUCAGGAUCUCAUUGAUGAAAAAUUUAAUGGAGCCAUGACCUCCGGUCUCGCCCCUUUGGGGCUUAACUGUGAAUUAACUGAUUCAGGAAUAAUAAAAUUUAGUUCCGAAAAAGAAUUUAAAAUUACUGAUAUGACUCAUCAAGCACGUUUAUUAUUAGGUGCUUAUCAUCAAGAAUUACCAUUAAAAUCUUCUAUUGAAAAUCAAAAAUAUAUAAUUGAAAUGAAGUCUGCGCCCUACAUCUGUUAUGGAAACUGUUUAUAUGUUGAAUCAAAAAUAAGUAAUGUAACAGGAAUUUCAGGAGUUAAUAAUAAAAAUGCUGUUAUAGAAUAUAAAUCGUUCUGUUACGCCGUUAAUUCUGUAUUCAUGCCUAAUUUUCCGAUUUUAUUAAGGCACGAAGGAAAAUGGGUUCGAAUUCAACCACACCAUUUAAAAGAUAUGACAUUUAGAUUAGUUGAUUUUCAAGGCGAACCAAUUGAAAUUAAAGCUCCUGUUCAAAUGACUAUAGAAGUUGAUUUUUGGUCUAAUAUAAGAGCUAAUGGACUAGAUGAUGAACCGGGGAUAAAAAUAUAA